AACAGAAGGCAUUAGAGCACCGCCACUACUGGAACCUCCCCCAGAUUCCCAUUUUUGUUGUUCUUCAAACUUUAUUCUGUGAAAUUUUUGGCCUGUGAUGUCGCUGCCUGUUAUCCUGAUGCUGUGCGUGGUGACUGCGACGGUGCUGGGACAGCCGCAUGCCCGCGCCAGUGACUUCUACUAUUCGGACAUCUCUCCGGUCACAGACGACAAGCGCUUCACCCACCUCUAUCCGGAGGUGGAGCUAUCAGAGAUGAACAAGGUGAAGCACUCCAAGGGUAAUAUAGUCUUUACCAGCGGGGAACGCAUCUCAGGCGAUCGCCUGGUGGUGAACCACUACGACGACGAGAGCUUCGCCACCGCCGUUGACAUCGAGGUACUGAUGCGCUAUCCCGCAGAGUCGAGCACGGGCGUGACCCUCACCUGCAUCGAGAUCUACGUAGACACGACGGCCAGCGAUGCCGGCGGCUAUCUGACCAGAGGUGGCAUUGGCGAGACCAUUGCUGAGAUACUCCUCACCUCCAACGGGACGCGCAGCUUCGUCUACGAAACGUUCAUCUAUGGAUACUAGAGCGCGGGGUCCGAGGAGCAGAACUCCCUUCAGAUCAGUAUACAAAGCAACAAUAAAAGUUUCGCUUGGAACCCAACUGUGAUCGUCCUGCUGCAGCCCAAUUUGCAGUAGUAUUAUUAGCCUUAGAUCCUGAAAUUAAAGAAGAAAGUCGAACUCAACAUUUUGGAAACCUA